UCAACUUCUCUCCCUCUCUUUACUCUAUUCGAACUCUCUAACAUUUCUUACACAUAACAAGAAUGUGUCAGCUAAACUCUUCUACUCUAUCCUGCAAAUGCAAUCAAGACUUCUCUUUCCUCAUCUCCAUCAAAGACCAAGAGCCCAAAAUGUUCACCUCAUUAUUGAUCCCUAAAAGCCCAACAUGUAUACCACAAGAAACCCAGGAACCAGACACCACCAACCUCUCCCUUGCUAUCAGAGAAGCAAUAUCCAUAGCCAAAAUAGCUUUCCCCAUGAUACUAACAGGCCUCUUGCUCUAUCCUCGCUCAAUGAUCUCCAUGCUCUUCCUUGGCCGCCUCGGGGAGCUAGCCUUAGCUGGUGGCUCACUUGCCGUUGGCUUUGCUAAUAUAACUGGUUACUCUAUCCUCUCUGGCCUGGCCAUGGGGAUGGAACCAAUAUGUGGUCAAGCUUUUGGGGCUCAAAAACACCGCCUCCUAGGCUUAACGUUGCAAAGAACAAUACUUCUGCUCAUUGUUGCUUCACUGCCCAUUUCUUUUCUUUGGCUAAACAUGAAAAGCAUCCUUCUUUUUUGCGGCCAAGAUGAAUCAAUAGCCACAGAAGCACAGUCAUUUCUUGUUUACUCCCUUCCUGACCUUUUAGCUCAAUCUUUUUUGCAUCCAUUGAGAAUCUAUCUUAGAACUCAAACAAUAACCUUGCCUCUCACAUUUUGUGCCACUCUAGCUAUUAUUCUACACAUUCCUAUAAACUACUUUCUUGUUACACACCUAAAUUUAGGGACUAAAGGUGUUGCUCUUAGUGGGGUAUGGACUAACUUCAAUCUUGUAGGUUCUUUGAUCAUUUAUAUCCUUGUUUCUGGUGUCCAUAAGAAGACAUGGGGAGGAUUUUCAAUGGAGUGCUUCAAAGAAUGGAAAACUCUCUUGAAUUUGGCCAUUCCAAGCUGCAUCUCAGUGUGUCUUGAAUGGUGGUGGUAUGAGAUCAUGAUCUUGCUAUGUGGACUAUUGUUAAACCCAAGAGCAACUGUUGCCUCCAUGGGCAUUUUGAUUCAAACAACUGCACUCAUCUACAUAUUCCCUUCUUCUCUAAGUUUCAGCGUAUCAACAAGGGUUGGCAAUGAGCUAGGCGCUAACCAGCCCAUGAAAGCAAAGCUUGCAGCCAAUGUAGGCCUUUCUUUGAGCUUCAUUUUUGGGUUUUCAGCUCUAGCUUUUGCAGUUAUGGUUAGGAAAGUAUGGGCUAGCAUGUUCACACAAGACAAAGAGAUCAUAGCAUUAACAUCACUUGUUUUGCCAAUAAUAGGUCUUUGUGAGCUAGGAAAUUGUCCACAAACAACCGGUUGUGGAGUCCUAAGAGGAACAGCCAGACCAAAAGUUGGGGCAAACAUCAACUUGGGAUGUUUCUACCUUGUUGGCACGCCAGUGGCAGUAUGGUUAGGAUUCUAUGCAGGGUUUGAUUUUGAAGGGUUAUGGCUCGGCCUCCUAGCUGCACAAGGGUCCUGUGUGGUGACCAUGCUGCUUGUUUUGGGUAGGACUGAUUGGGAAUCUGAAGCUAAAAGAGCUAAGGAGUUGACAAAUGCUUUGGUUCUUGUUUCCAAUGUUGAUGACAGCCUACAAGUUGAGGAAAAGAAGCCACCGAAUGCUGAAAUCAAGGAGGAUUCCUUACAUUUAUUUGAAGAAUUAGUUAAUCUUUAUAAACCUUUACCUGUUUAACUCAUCCCCAAAAUUUUAUUUCUUUUCCUAAUACUUUUUUGUUUUUAGCUCCCCUUGUCCUUAUAAGUUGUAUAGGAGAAGAAGAAGAGGGCUUUUGAUUCUGUCAUCUUCAUCAAUUUGAACAGGGCUAGGCUACAUACUCAUGUAGUGCUGUACCUAUUAAGAAUUAUACAAAAAUUAACUAAUCAAUUCAAGGUGCAAUGUUU